AUCUGCUUCCUCUUCGUUUAUCUCUUCCCUCAAUUCACUCACUCUUGGCUUCAACGGCGGACAUAGCAGUUCCGAUCUCUUCCCUUACAAAAUCCCCACUUUGUCCCCAUCAUUUCUCCCAAUCCCCUCAUGUGUCCUUGCCACGCAGGCUCAGACCUCUCCCCAAAGGACUCGGCAAUGCAACCUUAACCGCCAAAGCCCAGAGUUUUGGUUUCUUCCAAGGCGGCGGGUUCGGAUCGGACGAUGAUCCGCCUUCUCCUCCGCCUUCACGGACUGGGGGCGGGACGGGCUUAGUUGCCUUAGAAAAUAAAGAGGAGCCCCAGUGCCCUUCGGGACUGUGACAGUACGAAACUAUGGCAGUUUUGAGACCAAAGACUCACCCUUACACAAAAGUAGGAGGAGAGUUUUCCACACAAUGGAAGUAGGAGCUGCUCUUGUAGCUUCUACCUUUGAAUGGUUAAUCAAUAAGUUGGAGUCCGAGGUCACUGAUUGGUUUGAAUCAAGAAAGGAGGCACGUGAUGCAUUAGAGAAUUGGAAAAAACUUUUGCCAAACAUACGUGAUGUUCUUGAAGAUGCAGAGAGGAAGCAAUUAACCGAUAAGGUUGUAAAGACAUGGCUUUCAGAGCUUAGAGACAUAGCUUAUGAUAUGGAGGAUGUCUUGCGAGGAGUUGAAGCUGAUGCACGGAGGAAAAAAUUGAAUUUAAAAACUUGUGAUCAAGCCAGCACCAGUAGAGCCAGAAAACUUAUCCCAACACCAUCAUGUUUCACUGGUUGUAGCUGUAUUUCCAGUGAUUUCAAGGUUGAUCAGGAGAUUAUGUCCAAGAUAAAGGGCAUUACUAAUCAAUUGGAAAAGAUCAAGGAACGGAGAGAUGCAUUGAACCUGAAAAUUGAACAUGGGACCAACAGAGCAGUUACACAAAGGAUUCCCACUACUGGGGUGCCUGAAAGUCAUGUUUUUGGCCGGGUAAAGGAUAAGGAUGUUAUUCUUCAAAAGUUGUUAAUUAAUGAAGAUAGUACCAAAUGCUUUUCUGUGAUUCCCAUCGUUGGAAUGGGAGGAUUAGGGAAGACUACACUUGCUAGUCUUGUUUAUAAUGAUGAAAAAUUGGAAGUGAUUCACAGCAAGAUGAAAGAAAUGUUGUCUGGACAGAAGUUUUUACUUGUACUUGAUGAUGUUUGGAACAACAACUAUCACCUUUGGAACAGAUUACAAGGGCUUUUCAUGUUAGGAGCAUCCGGAAGCAAAAUAAUUGUUACGACACGCGACGAGAAAGUCGCGAAAAGCAUGAGAGGAGAUGAUUGGGUUUAUCAUCUUGAUUUCUUUCCAGAUAAUGAGUGUUCGUCAUUAUUGGCCAGACAUGCACUAGAAACAGAAAAUUUUGAUUUAUGUGGGCAUCUCAAAGGAAUCGGUGAAGAAAUAGUGAAAAAAUGCAAAGGUCUACCUUUGGCUAUAACAACCAUUGGAGGGCUCCUUCGUGAAGAUCGGUUAAAUCCUAACAAAUGGAGGGAAGUAUUAACCAGUGAGAUAUGGAAAGUAUCAGAAGAGAUAGGUGGAGUUCUUCCAGCUUUGAGAUUGAGCUAUCAUCAUCUUCCUUCUCAUUUAAAACAAUGUUUCGCCUUUUGUGCUAUAUUUCCGAAUGAUUUUCAGCUCAAUAAGGAUGAUUUGGUCCUAUUGUGGAUGGCGCAGGGGUUUCUUCGACAACAUCAACAAAUAGAUGGAGCGAAGAAAAUGAAAAGCUUGGGUCAUCAAUACUUCCGUGAUUUGUUAUCGAGAUCAUUUUUCCAGCGAUCACGCAGCAAUUCAUCAUUCUUUGUCAUGCAUGACCUUGUGAUUGAGUUAGCUCGAGAUGUUGCUCCAGAAACUUGCUACCAACAAGAUAUGUCAGUCAACAAGAAACUUGAAGUCACUCGCCAUUUUUCAUUCUUUCCUAAUGUGUUUGAUGCUCAUCAAAGAUUUGAAAUGAUGGAGAAAAUGAAGAGUUUGCGGACAUUUCUACCAACUACGAGAUGUGUAUUUAACUUCUCAUCAAAUGAAGUGGUGCUUUAUUUGUUUUCAAACUUGAGAUGCUUAAGGGUCUUGUCUUUCGAUGGUUAUCCGAUAAAGAAGGUUCCAGAUUCAAUUGGAGAUUUGAAGCUUUUGUGCUAUAUUAAUUUAUCUGGGACUGAAAUCCGAAGUCUACCUAAUUCUGUGAGUUUUCUUGUAUACUUACAGACAUUGAUAUUAAGAUUUUGUAUGAAGCUUACUCAGUUGCCAGAGGGUAUCGUGAAUUUAGUUGACUUGCUUCAUCUUGAUAUUACUAAUACAAUGAGAUUAAAGGAGUUACCAUCAGGAAUUGGCGAGCUGACAAAUCUUUUGACUCUAUCCAAAUUUGUUAUUGGAGGUGGGCUGAGACUAAGACAGUUGAAAAACUUGAAGCAACUUCAAGGCAGGCUACUCAUCUUAAAUCUACAUAAAGUCUUAGAUUUUCGAGAUGCUAGUGAAGCCAACCUUCAUGAGAUUGAGGACCUUGAUGAGUUAAUGUUGCAAUGGAUUGAUGAUUUCCAAACUUCACGAAAUGUAAGCAAUGAAGAUAAGGUACUCUGUCAGUUGAAACCUCCUUGCAAUUUGAAGAAGUUUACAAUCAUGUUCUUUGGUGGACUGGAAUUUCCAUCUUGGAUAGGUAAUCCAUCAUUCUCCAAAUUGGAGUGCCUGGAACUAUGGGGUUGUGAAAACAUCACUUUAUUACCACCCCUUGGGCAAUUACCAUCGCUAAAAGAAUUGAUCAUAAGAGGCAUGCCUAAGUUUACUGGAGAUAACUCCUUUUCUGGUAGUUUUUUAUCACUAGAGAAGCUGACAUUGGAGGACUGUCCCAAGUUGAUUGGAAAAUUACCUAGCCACCUUCCUUUUCUCAAAAUUCUCAUGAUUAAAAAUUGUUCUCACUUAAGUUAUUCACUACUGAGUCUCCCAUCACUUAGAGAGCUGAAAAUAACAGGUUGCAAUGAGGCAGUUCUUAGGAACAUGAUAGAUGUCACUUGCCUCACAUCUUUGGAGAUUAAGAGAAUUACAAAGCUUGCCUGCUUGCCUAAAAGCAUAACACAGUUCUUGACAGCUGUUGAAACAGUAGACAUUAAAGAAUGUGAUGAACUUACUUGCUUGUGGGAGGAUGGAGCUAGCCUUGCUAGUCUUAAGUGUCUGAGGAUUCAGGAGUGCCCUUUAGUUGUAUCCUUGCCAGACCUGCCUUCUAGUAUUCAAAUUUUGAGUUUAAGAAAGUGUGAUAACCUUGAUUGCCUGCCUAAUGGACUGCAUGCUCUCACCUGCCUUAAGGAAUUGUCCAUACAAAAGUGCGAAAAAUUUGUGCGCUUUCCAGUAACUGGCUUGCCAUUGCAUCUCAAAAAGCUUCAGCUUGAGGAUUUGGUGGUUUUGGAGUCAUUGCUUGAUGGAUUGAUGAAAAUAGGGGAUGGAGGCAACAAUAUGCUGCAACUUGAAGAAUUAGUCAUUAAAGGGUGUGAGCAGCUCAAAUCUUUUCCUAGAGACAAGUUACCCAGCACUCUGAAAAGUUCCAAGUUACCAAGUGCUCUUAAGAGGCUAAGAAUUAGGAAGUGCAAGCAAUUGGAGUCACUUCCAGAUAGGUUACUGCAAGAUUGUACACAACUUGAAGAGAUGCAGAUUGUUAUUGUGAAAAAUCUCAAAAGCUUACCUAUUGAUUUCGUGCACAACCUCAGCGGUCUUGUUGAAUUACAGUUCUAUUCUUGUGAAGGUUUCGAGUCCUUGCCACAAAUGGACCCGUCGUCCGUCCCCAAUCUUAAAACUUUGGAGAUUCAGCAUUUGAAGAAUCUCAAGUCUUUACCCAAUGAGAUAUGCAACCUCACAUCCAUCCGAUGUUUAAUCAUAAAGGAUUGUCCAGGUAUUGCAUCCAUACCAGAAGGAGGUUUUCCUUUAAACCUAAAAACACUUGAAAUCAGUGGUGAAGGCUUGAGGCAGUCGAUGUUAGAGUGGGGCCUUGACAGACUUACCUCACUUGAAUCAUUCGAAAUUGGGGAGAUAUGUCUUCCGGAUAAUUUGCAGCUUCCGAAAUCUCUAAAAAGUCUUACUAUAACAAGGAUGAGUAAUUUGAAAUCCAUACCAAAAGUCCUCCUUCAAAACCUCCAUUCUCUCGAGAUUUUAGAAAUUUCUUAUUGCCCAAAGCUUCAAUCCUUGACUAAGGAAGGCCUACCCACCUCACUUCAACAGUUUCGGCUCUAUCACUGUCCCCUUAUGGAAGAACGGUGCUUGGAGGAGAAAGGACACUAUUGGCCUCUCAUAGCCAACAUCCCUUACGUUAAGCUUUCGAACUAAAUUGGAGUCAGGUACUAGCAACUUAUUCACAAACUCACCAUAUUCUUAAAAAAAUCAUAUUUUGUUUGUUUUCUGUGCAAUUUAUAUGUCAAUUUGGUGCAGGUCUUGCAGUUGGUAAGGAGUUUUCUGUCAUGCUUCAAUCUUAACCUAUUCGUGGUCCAUUUGUGUGCAAAAACAAUUUUGUAUUUUGAGAAAAGAUGUUUGAUAUGGGUUCUACCAGAUUCUGGUAUAUCUAUUGAAGCAUAACCUGGAUAAUUCAGUUUUCUGAUAUGUGGGGUUGGCUGUUGGUGUUGUGAAGGGUAUGCUCUCCAUCCAGACCAAUUGAAAUGCCAUCUAUUCUAAUUAGCUAGCUGAUUGCUUGUUAUUUUUGUUAUACAAAGUUAAUUUCACAUCAAUGAAUAGGAUGAUGCACUCCCUUGAUUGAUAUAUAUAUAUAGAAGCUAUUGAUUUUAGUUUCAUUUUUUUUCCUUUCUUUCCAUGAUAUACAUCCAGCAUUCGAAGAUGAAGAGUCUGAAGAUACCUAAAAGCUGAAUCUGUUGUGAAACUACUUUUGUAGAUUUUGGAAACCAAAUGCAAGACAUGUGGCAUAGCGAUAAGCUUUGGUUAUUAAGUUAAUUGUAAAGAACCAGAGUGGUCUUGAAUAAAAACAUUACUUUGUACUUUCAUUGUAAUAUGACCCAUGAAUUCUUAAGUAUGUAUAUGCUUAGAGUGUGUGUGAUCAGUAACAUGAAUCCUCCAUUGAACAAAUCAGCUGAGGUUUCACCUUUAAAUAAUGUUUGAGUGAUUCUGUUGAAGUGGCUUUGUAUUGUCAUGUAUUCAUGUGUGAAAGAAUAUAUGGUUAGAGUAUAUAUGGUGUUUUUGUUUAGACAUUAUAUAUCAGUCAUAAUCAAAUUUUUAUCUCAAU